CAGUGCUGCGAAGCGUCGACACCUUAAUUCAGAGAGUGUUGGGUAGCGCACAUAUACGUGUUUGACGUAACCGGCACAGCUGAUCAAAGAAGACGAAUAUUAUUGAAAUGCGCAUACCCGGAGCCCUCUUUGCCGCACGUGGCCGCACGCCGCAGAACGAGAAGGAGGUACCAUUCCAGGAGAUUCUGCCGCUGCGCCUGAAGAACACAGUCAGCGGCAAGGCGGAUUCCGGCUCGGAUGUGGCCUGUCUGCAGGAGAUGGGCAUGCUCUUCGCCUGCAUGAAGGACAACGAGUUCGUCGAGAAAUACUGCCACAAGGAGAUCCAGACGUUCCAGAACUGUUUCAAGUGCUACAUGGACCGCAAGUUCGAGGCCAAGAAGACCGUCAACCAGGGAGUCGUUCAGCCCGGCAACAACCUCAACUACAAGCAGCUGAACAAGUACAUGCGCCGCUUCCCCAAUCCCCUCUAGAGUAGAUCAGACUGUUGAGCCGUUUAAUAAUACACACACUAUUUACAAAGUA